CACAAGACAAUAGCAUGUACCCUCCUCCGAGACUGGAGAGUCAACCCUCAUAUCCUAACUCGAGUGAAGCAUCCAAUUAUGGAUCACAUGAGAACAGAGCUCGAAUAGAAAGUUUAGAAGGAUUGAACGCAGGAGAUUCAGUGAAGAUUAUUAGUCCUCCGAUGAAUUCGGAUCCUACGACACCUUUUCCUUCACCUCCUACUCAAGUCGAAAUCAAUCCUACGCCAAAGGAAUCAUUUGAGUAUAAAUCACAUGGAAACAGAGAUCAAAUGCAAAGCCUGAAAGGAUCUAGUGGAGGCAAUUCAGCAAAUAUGACCAGUCCUCUGAAGAAUUCAGGGCCUAUGACACCUUGUACUUCACCUCCUACUCAAGUUGGAGUGGAUGAUGGGAGGUCAGGAGUUGGAGGUGAGGAACUCUUUUGGAAUUAUAUCAGAGCAGAAAAGUAAAAGCAGUGGUGGAUGUGUUUAGGUGGAUUGCAUGAAAGAAAUUGGUUUUCUUUUGUAUUUGCAUAUUGCUUGUUAUGAGGUUUGAUGAUCUUGCCAUUACUUUCUUGUAGUAAGACAUGUGAUAUGGUCAGAUAUCUUAGUAGCUAGUAAAACCAAGGGAAUCACUAUGAUCAAAGCCUGAUUGAGUACCAUUGUGGUGUCUGAUUCUGCAGAUUUUCUUGGUCACAAAUAUUGUUUGCAACUGGUUCACAUUACAUUC